AUGGAUAACUUAUGUAAACUGUUGAAUGUUCCUGUGCCCUUCACUCACCAACACGCUCGACUACCGAGAGUGUUCCACAACAGCGAUGCUUCAGCCAGCUAUGUCACCAUCGAGAAUGGUCGAUUGGGAGAAGGUGCGUUUGGCACGGUAUUCCACGCGAAGUGCUCGAGAACGUCCCGAGCCGUGGCAGUUAAAGUCAGCGAGUACGAAAACGCGGCCGGUUUUGAUCGCGAAAUUGAGUUUCUGAGACGGAUUGGCCAGGCCGGAGGGCAUCCUAACGUUAUCGAAUUAGUGGACGUGGUCGUCGAAACGCAUGACUUCCUCGCAGAUGAUCUACUCCUGCCCGUUCUUAACAAGUGUGAUAAAGAUCUAGAAGAGUGGAUGAAAAGCACCAGCGAGCCAGUCCCGGAGUUCGUGCGAAAAGAGAUUUGCAACCAGCUGUUCGCUGGUCUUGCCUUUCUGCACGAGCAUCACAUCAUUCAUCGCGACUGCAGUCUCCGAAACAUUUUAGUGUAUAGCUACACUGGUCUGCUGAAGAUAGCCGAUUUCGGAAUGUCUGCUUACGAGUCGGAACUUGGUGACGAGUCCGAUCAUUACAUUGCUCGACGGCGUGACGUCAGAGAUAUGACUAUGGCAGUUGUUAUCCCAUUAUGGCUUUCUAGAAGCUAUAGCACGAGGAAGUGGCCUGGUAAAACUGUGAGCGUGACGUUUGAGAACGAGAAUGUCGCCACUGUCAGCAUGAUGAACCCGGAUCUGCUCGCCGAAGCAGAAUACUACACGGCGUUUCGAUAUCGAUCCAGGGUAUGCAACAAGAUGCUGGGUCACGCAGCCAACAGUCCUGGCUGGUGGCGACAGCAGAUGCACUUGCACCCGGGCCUGGACGCAGUCAUCAGUGAAGUGCACUCCUGGGCGCUGUCACAGAGCGAUGUUGGUAAACGGGGAAUGCCCGUGCCAAAAGAACUGCACGAAGCCCUGGCCUACGGGUGUAUGCUGGGCCCUUCACACAGGAUAACUGCUGAGGUUAUUCACUCGCUAAUAGGUGAUACUUUAACAGACACAGUCACACACGAUGCACGACUUUUCAUGCGGACAGAAACAGUGCUAAUGAACUCAACUGUAGUUUAA